AUGUUCAUCUAUUCAUCAUCGUCAUUGUCGUCGUUGCCGUCAUCAUCAUCAACGCCCCGUAAUGUGUUCGGUGUGAAAUCUCAUUAUGCCCCUGCAAACAAUGCAUUCCAUCAACGAUGCGGUGCAACCAAGCCUCGCCCACUAACACAAUCGCAAGCAAGUGCCCCCAAAAACUUCAAACCCUGGCUUAGCACUGGAAAGUUAAGCUGCCGAGGCAGCAUGUCGCCGGGACCUCUAGAAGCGGUGUUCUUUGGCCCCCAACCUGUGAGUACAACAAAAUGUAGUGGCGGUCCGGCGGGAAGACUGCUACAGUCACGUCAACUGCAUCAAGAAAUAUGCAGUCUACUUCUAGGCGCUAUUGAACAACUGAAAAUAGCCCUAAAUGAAUUUAGCACCGUACUCCCACCGAAUAUCAACACACAAAUCGGCUCACCACCAUUUCGAGAAAACGAUACCAACGAUCGAUUGCAUAAGCUAUUGGAACAAGCUAAGACCCACGAUUCCGAAGAGGACUUUACGAUACGAGCAAAUUCGGACAUAGCCCAACUAUGCGCAGAAUGUAUUAUGUUCUGGCGCCGGGUACUUAUAGCCUCCACCCAACCUUCGGUACACACACUGUUGGCCAAGAAGCAUCACAUUUUGCGGGUACGACGUUUCUCCGAAGGUUUCUUUGUAAUGGAAAAUCCUCGCCACACAGCGGCCGGCUGCUACGACAGUAACUAUCAAAAUUAUGUGGCCAUAUCCGAGAUGGCGCGCAGAAGCCGCUACAUGCAGUCACUACCCCCACUGCCGGUCCAUUGUACACCCAUUGAUGGCGACACAAAUUCAAUGCCUUUAAUUUUCGAAGAUCGUUAUGUGGAGCCGAAUAAAUUUACACGAAAAAGAACAGGUUCCGAGCCACAUUUGAAUCGUGUGGAUAUGUCGGUGGUCAAUGGGAAGAGUAAGGGCUCGGGGGAUAAGACCGUUGCAACACCCAAUGGACGGGCAGCCUCAGCUUCAAGUGGUAAGGAGUGUUCUUGUGGUGCGGGUGGCUUUGAUUAUUCUGCCACAAAGUCCAAUGGGGUGGUUGGGGUUUUGACGCCCCGCUUUGCCUUAGGCGGAGAAAUUCUACAAGCCAGCUUGACCAUAGCACCCUCAGCUGCCUCCAAGGGACCCGGUUCAAAUAACACCACCUUGAAUCACCGUUACAUGUCCAGACAUUCUGUGAAUGGUCUGCUCGACGAAAUCGACAGCGGUCUGGAUCCAUCCUUGCAGGAAUUUUGUGAUGUGGGCAGUGCUGGGACUUUGCCGGCCAGACACAGCAAGUCCUUGGAUCAAUUGGAUGGCACGGUCCAUAGUACUCCCUCCUUGAGAACCUAUCACCACAGUACCAUGACAGGUUAUUCUGCCAAGUUAUCAGAAAGUGAAAUAAAUCAUCUCGCCAGCUAUGGAGGAGCUGGAGGGGUAGGAGAGUCCCAGGAGAAAACAUUUAAGGGCUUUGGUUUGAAUGGCAGCCGCACUAAACCCAAGGUCCAAGCCGAGGAUUUGAUGCGCAACAUCAAUGAGUUCCGUUUGAAAUAUAAAAAUUUCGAAGAUCCCUGUGUUCCGCCGCCACCACCACCGGCCACCGCCAAUGGCCAAAUGCAUUACAAAAUCUAUGGGGCCAAUACCUUGGGUAGACCGCCCAAUCUGGAUAUCCAGGCGGCCAGCAAAUACGACUACCUGCAUGAAAUUAAAAUGCUGAAUCCACCCAAAAAAGUGGCGACCGAGCCGAAGCAAAAUUCCUACUACAAUUCCCUGCCCAAGACCAUUGCAAAUGGUGAGAUUGUGCCCCGUAACUCAUACCCACCCAUAAAGACCGUCCCCCAGACAAAUGGGGAUACCCCUAAUGCUAAUACCCAAAGCUCCAUAGUUUGGCCACAACAAAUUGCUAUACCCCGCAGUAGUUCUUCCCAAGCGUUAAGACAAAACAAUGUUGGUCCCCAUCCAGAACUGGAGCCAAAUGGUACCAUACCCCGGUCCGUGGAAAUUGCCCGUGUAAGGGUCUCGGACCUUAAAGAGAUGCUGAAAAAUGGCACACUGCGCAAAGAGUCCAGCAGCUCAGAAAGUGAUAUACCCUCCAAGGUGAAGAAGGCCAAGGCAGAACAGAAAAUGUUGUCCUCCACCAGUGUGCCCUUUAAGCUGGAUACAACCUCCGCCCAGGACCAGGAGCAAACCACCAGUGGUUUCAGUGAAUCUCUGCCCAAUUUGGUGCCGCCUCCGCAAUUUACCACCGAGGCAGUGAUAAGUGAUUCCACCUCCUCGCUGAGUGAAGAAAGUGGUUGGGUAUCCAGUCGCCGCAGCUCCAUUGUGCCCUCCUCACCGGAAACCAUACUCAAGCAACAGCAAACCAAGGAAAGAAAUGAACUGGAAACCCGGCUCAAUGGAGAACAAUUACGCCUGAAGUUGCAAAAACUUUUGGAGCAGCAAAACAAAAAUAAAAAACUCAAAGAAUCGCGAGGACAACUAAAGGCGCCCAGCGCUCUCAUUCCAGAGGGUUCGCUAAACAAAAAGGUGUCCUCUGUAACGGUUAAAAUUAAACCCGAACGUCUGCGUUCGGAAUUGCGUCGAAAUCUGCGUAACAUACCCUACAAUGAAUCUACCGAAGUGGAGGACUCGGACUUUUCGCUCAUGCAAAGCCAGAGACGGGAACGUUAUAGGAAGACAGAGAAAUCCAAAUCCGAUUUUGAUUUGACCAGCAUUAAGGAGACCAAUGGUACAACGGUGGCUCUUACAAAUGUGCGGGUGCCACCGCCACAGCAAUUUCAGGAUGAUCUUCUGCCGCCCGAUGAGUUUCGUGAUCCACCGCUUAGCAACAACAACAGCAACAAGGACAAAUCAAACAAGAAACACGAACUUAACACGUCCAGGGCCAAGGAUAUGCUUCCUCCAGCUAAACCACAAAAUGUUCCACCAAAUUAUGUAACCAUGACGCCGGCCCAUAAAUCUGAUACCUAUCAAAGCCUCACCCAGCACUCAUCUCCCUCAUCACUGAUACUACCGCCAGCUCCACCACCUCCUCUCAAGGAAAUUCCCCAACAUGCCAUGAACCUGAGGCAACCCAUUGUGGCAAUAGAUAAUCCCGUCUAUCACAUCUACGAGUCCAUGAAACCCAUAACCCCCGCCAAUAUUUUUGGCAAUAAACCGGUUGUACGAUCGCACAGUAUUGUUGAAAUGAAACGGCCCAAAGAUUUUGGACAGCUCAGCAACACCACCAACACCAUUAAAAGUUCCCAGCUGAACAACAACAAAUCCAAUCGUUCCACACCCUCCAAUAACUCCUCCACCAAACUUUCCCUGAACAUCACUGCCCCACAUGCCCAAGGUCCUCAUCCUGCUCAUCCUCCCCAGCCUCUAGAAAAUGGCAACGAAGACGAAAACAAAGAAAACUCAAAUUCUUCUUCAUCAGCCGCAGCAACACAGCAUCAACAACAUUGUAACAGCAACAGCAACAACACCUCUUCCACGACGGUUGUCCGUUCGUCCAGCACCAAGUCGAACAAACAUCACAAGAACAGCCAACACCAUAACGCCAACAGCACCAAGGGCCACCAGGAGGCCAACAACAUAUCUUUAAUGGAAUUUGAAAAAUAUCGCGAAGAAUUUCGCAAACAAUUGAAAUACAACGGCAGCAUUUAUUCAGACUUCAACAAACUCUCCUCGGAGUUGCCUUAUUUUUAUAUCAGCGAUGAAUAUCGUGCCUUCUCACCGAACGGCAUGCAUUUAAUUAUUUGUGUUCAUGGCUUGGAUGGCAAUUCGGCCGAUUUGCGUUUGGUGCGCACCUAUUUGGAAUUGGGACUGCCCGGUGCGAAUUUGGAGUUUCUAAUGUCCGAACGCAAUCAGGGUGAUACAUUUUCCGAUUUCGACACCAUGACUGAUAGACUUGUUGCUGAAAUUUUAUAUCAUAUCGAAACCUGUGGACUCAAUCCGACACGCAUUUCUUUCGUCGCUCAUUCAUUGGGAACAAUUAUUGUACGCAGCGCCUUGGCGAGACCACAAAUGCGUUCAUUAUUGCCACGAUUGCAUACGUUUUUAUCAUUGUCGGGACCCCAUUUGGGUACAUUGUAUAAUACCAGUGGAUUAGUUAAUAUGGGCAUGUGGUUUAUGCAGAAAUGGAAAAAAUCCGGCUCCCUGCUGCAACUGUGUAUGCGUGACACCAGCGAUAUGCGCAAAAGUUUCUUGUAUCGUCUCAGCCAGCGUAGUAACUUGCAUCAUUUCAAGAAUAUACUACUCUGCGGAUCCAGUCAAGAUCGUUAUGUGCCGGCACACUCGGCUCGUUUGGAAUUGUGCAAGGCAGCAAUAAGAGACAAUUCCAAUUUGGGAGUUAUUUAUAGAGAAAUGGUCAACAAUAUAAUUGCACCGAUUUUGGCACGACCUGAACUGACUUUGACCCGUUACGAUGUACAUCAUGCCUUGCCACAUACCGCCAAUACUCUAAUUGGCAGGGCUGCCCAUAUUGCUGUAUUAGAUUCGGAAUUGUUUAUUGAGAAAUUCCUAUUGAUUGCCGGUCUAAAAUAUUUUAGUUAGCGAAUUUAAAGGGUCACAGAAUGGAGGCAAAAUAAACAAAAAAAAAAAAAAAACAAACAAAAA